AGGCGUUCUGAUCUUAGUGGUGCUCUAUCAAUAUCUCAUAGACGAAAUGUAAGUUGGAAAAGAAAUGGCUUUUGCAUUGCCGGUUUCUUUAACACCGACAGAGGAGAAAGCUGAUUGUUUUCGACUUCUAUCUCUCGUCGUUGACGGUGGAACAUUGGCAUUACGUCAUAGAUUUGAUCAACUUAUUACACCAAAUGACCUGCAAAAUACUCUUAAUGAUACAAACACUCGUGGAAAAUUGAACGCCUUACGCAUGAAACGCGUUUUAACAAAUGCUCAAUGGAACUUGCUAUAUCCACAAACAGGUCGGCCAUGUUCAGGCAGAUUUGAUGUUUCUCUACUGUACUGCUUGCUGAAAUACAUAUGUGGACUAAACGAACAAUCUACAUCGUGGAAUGGUGUACCUCCUUCAUUUGACACAACAGUAGAGGCGGAUGUAAACAGACUAAAACAAUACCGAAAUGAUGUAGCUCAUUUGAUAUCUAUCUCAUUAAACAAGGGUGAAUUUAACAGAAAAUGGACAGAAAUUGAGAAG